AGUGUCAAUCGCGGCGGAUUGAAUUACCCACCCAGUGAUUUUUACACAAACAAGCAGUCCGAACCCUCCAAUAGAGCCAAUAAAAUCCAGAAUAGUGUUGAUCCCAGCUUCACUUCUUCAGAAAUCUACUCUGAACAGUUUGGCUUAUCUAAUGAGCAAACGGUCCCAAAUUUCGGAGAGCCCAUCAAGCUUCCCUAUAAACUGCAAGAAAUACAGCAUCCGGACUCAAGUUCCGACAUUAACAACGCAAGCCCUGAUCCAACAGUAUCUUAUACUAACAAACCUUCGAAAGAACUGCAACGACUAGAUAAUGUCAUGCCUUCUGCUAAUCCAGAACUCGACCUCUUAUAUACAGAUUCUAUUGAUGGACAGCCAGACGACAUUCUGUUAAGUCCAGAAGAAGAUCCCUGGAUUGCGCAACAGCAGGCCCUAAGUGACAUAGAGAAAUGCAAAGCUCAGGAUCCAUAUUGGCCACGAGCGGCAAGUGGCUUACUAGAUCCAUUUACAGAACUAGUGCAACAGGUCCUAACGACAACGUCAACUAACGAGUCCUUGUCAGGCUCAGAUGCAGGCAAAACAUUAGACCAAGUCAAUGAGAAUGGGGCAGAAAAUGGAGUUGGUAGAAGUUUAGAUGAGGAUGAGGAUGUGGAAAAAUACGGUGAUGAAGGCGAGGCAACUCAACAACAAAACGGUGAACUUGAUAAUAGUGCAGAAUCCGAAGCCCCUGGUCAUCCAGGCCACAAUGAAAGUGGUCCUCAGUUUGCAUUACCAGGUGGAAGCGGGAGCAGUGCCUCCUGGCCACAAGACAAGGUACCGCCUGGCAGCCUGCUGAACUGCAUACAGCAAGUAGUUCACCAGCGGUGCCACGCCGGUGCUGCCGGCUCUAGUACGUACACUGGCCGGCAUGCCUGCGAGCGCAUUUGCGAUGCGGUGCGCAGCCAGAUGCCGGAGCUGGCAAACUCAGUUGACAAGUGUAAACAGCCUAUGAUAGCAUGCACUCAAAAGUUCAUCACCUUCCGCGCAAGAAGGGUGACAAGUGUCGGCGGGACAGAACCCUACCACCCCGUUGCCACGAGCCUAUUAGACAAUAAUUUUCCUUCCAGACAAGGAAAA